AUGGGCAGUAACAGGAAGUUAGGACCUAGGCCUGAUGGAUGGAUGGGCAGUAACAGGAAGUUAGGACAUAGGCCUGAUGGAUGGAUGGGCAGUAACAGGAAGUUAGGACCUAGGCCUGAUGGAUGGAUGGGCAGUAACAGGAAGUUAGGACCUAGGCCUGAUGGAUGGAUGGGCAGUAACAGGAAGUUAGGACCUAGGCCUGAUGGAUGGAUGGGCAGUAACAGGAAGUUAGGACCUAGGCCUGAUGGAUGGGCAGUAAGAACAGGAAGUUAGGACCUAGGCCUGAUGGAUGGAUGGGCAGUAAGAACAGGAAGUUAGGACCUAGGCCUGAUGGAUGGAUGGGCAGUAACAGGAAGUUAGGACCUAGGCCUGAUGGAUGA